GGCCGGCCACUGCCAGUGCGGCCUGCUGGUGAUGCUAGAGUCGGCUGGAAGUCGGCCCUGGACUCUGGGCGAGACGGUGAUGGAGACGGGACCGCGACCGGCCGACUGCCGCCAGCCCUCCGCCGAGAUCGACUGCCUCAACUCCUGCGCCAACACGACUGUGGUCCUGACUGGCGACAUGAACCUUCGAAUGCUGCCUGUUCGAAUCUCCAUUGAAACUCAACGUCACGUCUGUCUGACUCUUCGACCUCAAGAAACUCGGACCUCCGAGCCGAACACCAUCGUGGAACGAACUGCUAGACGUCUGUCUGUGGGAGGAUUCUACCGCUACUGCUCUCACGACUGGAUGCAUACCGGUGUCGUGUUUCCCGACAAAAUCUGCUGCCUGGAAAACAAGGUGGUCGACUGUAAUGACAUCAAGGAGCCUAAAGCGCUGCCAUUUAGAACAAUAUUCCGGAAGAGACGUCAAAUCCUCUACAGGAACGUUGCCAAGCACUCGAUUAAUCGGUCAACAGCCCAGUUCAGCGAUGCUGCAGGGAAACCGCCUGUCAAGGUGGCGAAUCCUCGAGCCCACCUAUUUGGCCCGCGCACUGGUCGUGCGUUUUACGCCCCUUACCAGUACACUGAUAAGGCUAAAACAGAUGAUUUCUAGAAUUAGCUUCGCUCUGGUUUUAGCAAAGCGUGUAUCGUAAGCGCAUGACAUGUUUCGCUGUGACAUUUCCAUGUUUAUGUGUGGCUGUGAAGUAACCGGUUGCGGAUUAUUUCCAUCGUAAUUUGUGGUGUUUUGCUAUGUCUGAUUGAAUGAUGCGUACGCUUAAAUAUUUAAAUGAUGAAACCGCUGCAAAGUGCAUUAUGUUCGAUUAACUACAUGGUUGAAACAUGUGAUGUGGCUGUGAAUCAUACAUGCUAGCAAUCCACGAGCUUCCCAUAAACCGUUUGGCUGAAUACACAUUUUGA